GCUCUCUCCUUAUGCUGGGCCGGGCCGGGCUUUUGCCUUGCAGGUCGGCUGAUGAUUCCCGGGGGUCGGACGCUGUAUUUUAGCAGGCGAGAGCAAGAGGGGAGCAGAGCAAGCUAGAAGACGCCAAUGGCUGCGCCGAACCCAGAGAAAAGCCUCCAGGAUGAAGCCACCUGUUCCAUCUGCCUGGAUUAUUUCCAGAACCCGAUGAUGGUCAUCGACUGUGGGCACAACUUCUGCCGGGACUGCAUUGCCCAGUGCUGUGAAGGGUCCAUUGCCAACGUGUUCUCCUGCCCGCAGUGCAGAAAACCCUUCCCUUGGCAGAACCUGCGGCCAAACAGGCACCUGUGGAAUAUCGUUGAGCUGGCCAUGCAGUUCAGCAUGCGGCGAGCCAAGGAGUCGGGAGAACAGAAGCUCUGCAAGAAACACCAGGAGCCCCUGAAGCUCUUCUGCGAAUACGAUCAAACGUCCAUCUGCGUGGUUUGUGACCGGUCCAAGCUGCAUAAAUAUCACAAUGUGAUUCCUAUAGAGGAGGCUGCUCAGGUUUACCAGGAGAAAAUACACCACUGCUUGCAAACUUUGAAAGAAGAGAGAGACAAGAUUUUAUCAUUUAAAUUAGAUGCAGAGAAGCCAAGCCAGGAUCUGCUGGCAGAAACCGAAGCCGAGAGGCAGAAGCUUAUGUUGGAAUUUCAGCAGCUCCACCAGUUUCUAGAGAAAGAAGAACAACUCUUGUUAACCCAGCUGCAGAAGCUGGAGAUAGAGAUAGAGAAGAAGAAGGAAGAGCAUGCAGCUAAAUUUUCCGAGGAGAUUUCCCAUAUCAGCACCCUAAUUGGCGAGCUGGAGCAGAAGGGUCAGGAGCCGCCAGGUGGGCUGAUGCAGGAUAUUGGAAGUAUCUUCAACAGGUGCAAGAGGGGCAAAUUUCAGUUUCCUACUCCACCUGAUUCUUCGGAGCUCAGUACAAUGGUUCAGGAAUUCUCCAAAGAGAGUGCUUCACUGCAGGGCAAACUGAGGAAAUUCAGAGAGACUUUGGAUGAACAAAAGUGGAUAAAUGAGAACGUGAAACUGGACCCCAUGACGGCUCACCCUCGAUUCAUUGUGUUUGAUGGCCAGAAAGCUGUUGCAUGGGGAUCUGUCCGCCAGGAGCUGCCCUACAGCACCGGGCGAUUUGACCCCACCCGCUGCGUGCUUGGCUGUCAGGGAUUCACGUCCGGGAAGCACCAUUGGACAGUAGAUGUGAGCAAGGGAACUUUCUGGGCUGUGGGUGUAGCCAAAGAAUCUGUGAAGAGGAAAGGACAGCUGAAUAUGGUCCCUGAGGAGGGAAUCAUGGCUGUGGGUUUUAACAACGGCCAGUACAAAACCUUAACGUCGCCCCCGACUGUUCUGAACCCAAGUAAACACCCCCAAAAGAUUCAAAUCCGUUUGGACUAUGAAGGAGGAACGGUGGGGUUUUUUGAUGCGGAAGAAAAGAAGCGCCUUGUUCUCUUCAGUGUCAAAUUUGUGUCCAAAAUAUUUCCUUUCUUCCGAGUUGGGGACAUGAACACUGUGCUCCGCCUGUGUUAAAUUAUAUCUGUUCUCCUGUUGGACUUGGGUCUUUGGCCCUUCCAACAGUGAAGUAGUGUCAACAGAACUCUCUGGCUGUAACACACAAUACUGAGCUUCAGCGCGGUUAAUACGGCGGCGGCUUUUGACGUGCCUUAAUUCUGUGAUCAGGUUACUAUAUAUUCUGAAUGGAAACUGGAGCCUAGGCUUAAAGAAUGUGGGAGGCCCAAAUGCAUACACCAUGCAGCCCCAAACUUCGGCCCUCCAGAUGUUUUGAACUACAAUUCCCAUCAUAUCUGACCACUGGUCCUGUUAGCUUAGGGAUCAUGGGAGUUGUAGGCCAAAACAUCUGGAGGGCCGCAGUUUGGGGGUGCCUGCCAUAAACCAUUUAAAACUACUUCGUAGGUAUAGCUUCUAGUAUGUUUUAGCAACCUCUUUGUCUCUCCCGGCUAUAUUUGCUCUCAUUUGGAUACAGAUUCCAAAGUACAACAUUUGUAGCCCUCAUAUCAGCUGCGAGUGGUACAUCUCUUUUAAACUGCAGCCUCUCAGAAAUACACAGAAAUGGUGAUUAGACAAGAAUGGAGAUCCAGCUUGUGGACAUAUUGUGAAAAAUGGGAACUGAAAGUGUGUGUCUGUGUAGGUACAAAAUCGAUAUGAGGUGUGUGUGUGUACAGGUAUUUUGCAUUUGAAUAUUUGUGCCCAAAUGAAAGCAGUAUUGCAAGAUACAGCCAGUAGUUAACGGUUGAGUGCAGUCAAUUUAUCCAAGCCAAGCUGAGACCAAGAAAGACGAUGAAAAUGGAUAAGAAAAGUGGUGUUUUGUAAUUUUAACAUGGUAUAUACAGGGAUACAGGAGAUCACCUUGGUUUUCAAUUGAGAUCUGUUUAGGAUGCCUUGUUAAUGUACCUUGCAAUUUUUUACAUUCUGGAAAAUAUUUUUUUUUAAAAUUGCAGACUUUUAAAAAAAAGUAGAGUAAAAGUUUAUCCAAAUCUGCGCAUUUUAAUAAUUCUUUUUACUUUUACUUUUUUAUAUAGAAUGCUGGAAUGAAAAAGCACAGAUGACAGGAAAUGUUUAGGUACUGGGUUGUCAGAAUUAUUUGCUCAGCCCUGUACCUGUUUGCCAAAACUUAAUAAAUGCUGACAUCUCCUUAAAUACGUUGCCGUCCUUUACUCUAUAAAUACAAUAUUGGUCAACUUAAAAAACCAUUCUGCAACCUUCUAUAAUCAGCUCCAUUUCAUUUGGAGGCUGUUUCAGUUCUUGCCA